ACUUUUGUAAGGCAUUAGCCACGGCCCAAAUCUCCUCUAUCCGAAAACCCUAGGAACACAAUCAACUCUCUUUCUCUACACCUUUCUUCGGUACGAACAAACAAUGGCGUCGAGUGAUCAUACGAUAUUGCAAUUUGCAGCAUCAUCAACUACUACCUCAUCUGCUAAGGUUCAUCCUUUAGUUAUCUUCAACAUAUGUGAUUGCUAUGUUAGACGUCCUGAUCAAGCUGACCGAAUCAUUGGCACUCUUCUUGGAUCAGUAUUGCCUGAUGGUACUGUUGACAUUCGCAAUUCUUAUGCUGUUCCUCAUAGCGAGUCGCAAGAUCAGGUUGCUUUGGAUAUUGAUUACCAUCACAAUAUGUUGUCAUCUCAUCAGAAGGUGAAUCCAAAGGAAGUCAUUGUUGGAUGGUUUUCUACUGGUUCCGGAGUCACAGGUGGCAGUGCUUUGAUCCAUGAGUUUUUUUCUAGAGAAACCACAAAUCCUAUACAUUUGACUGUUGACACUGGAUUCACAAAUGGAGAAGCUUCUGUAAAAGGUUUUGUUUCUGUGCAUUUGUCUAUUGGACAUCAGCAACUUGCUGCACAAUUUCAGGAAAUUCCAUUGGACCUGCGCAUGGUUGAAGCUGAAAGGAUUGGAUUUGAUAUACUUAAGACGACUGCGGUAGACAAACUCCCCAACGAUCUCGAAGGAAUGGAAGCCUCAAUGCAACGAUUACUUGCUCUGAUUGAUGACAUCUACAAAUAUGUUGACGACGUUGUGGAAGGACGUGUCCCACAGGACAAUAAAAUCGGAAGGUUCAUAUCUGAUACCGUGGCUUCCCUUCCCAAGCUCUCAUCUCAAGACUUCGAUAAGCUUGUUAAUGAUGGGCUCCAGGACCAAUUGCUGUUGCUAUAUUUGGCAAGCCUCACAAGGACUCAACUGGGCUUUGCAGAAAAACUUAACACUGCUGCUCAAAUCCUGUGAUGAUGAUUAAUUCAUUCUUCAUUUUGUAGCGCAAUAUCAGAAUUUGUCUAGUUAACUGAUUUUUGGUCAGAACGAUGUUGAGGUCAGUCCUUUUGACAAGACGGGGUGUCAUAAGUUUGGAGAAUUGUAUGUUAUAUUUUGUUAUUAGUUUACAUAUUGCUUUCUUUGUUCCUUUUCUGGUUUUGUACUAGACAAAUACUAUGUGGUGAACACUGAGGUAGACCUUAGCGUACUUGAUUUAUUGAAUAUUCCCUUGAGGAUGAA